CAGAUUACUGAGCUAUCUCGUUUUUUGCUGCUACUGCUGCCGCUAGUGCUGUCCGCAUAUAUCGGAACGUCCUCGAGUCGAUAUAUCGGCUCUCCGUGGCCAAGAUUGUGUCAUCUCGUCGUAGGAUUCUGCCAUUCACGUUGUGCGAGAGGAAUACGCUAACGUCGGGAUUUUACGAAGACUUAACGAAGAGAGUUUUGUAACGGGAAGGCCAAUUGCAAUUUAGUUGAAAACAAAGUACCAAAAAAUAACUGGAGGGUCAUAAAACAGACAAAAUGGCGACUGAUUUUGACCAAGACGAGCCCGUGGAAAAGGGCUACAACCAGACCCAGGCGGACAGGACCAUGGACGAUAAGGAAUACCAGCACACCGCCAAGCGACUCAAUAACUUCCCUCCCGCGCCUGUACAGCGCGACCUGAUAGACACGAUCUUCACUGUGGUGAACCGAGAUCUGCUCGUGUGUAAACUCUUCUACUUCUUCUUCUUCGGCGCGUUCGGGUCGCUCUUCCCUCUGUUAGCCAUCUACUUCAAGCAGCUGGGACUGAACGCCAGCCAGGCUGGUGUCCUGAUGGGGUUCCGGCCGUUCAUCGAGUUCCUCGGCGUUCCCUUCUGGGGCGGGAUGGCCGACAAGUGGAAGAGGUGGAAGGAGCUGCUGCUGUUCUCCCUCUUCUCCUGGAUCGUCUUCACCCUCGCCAUCGCGUUCGUCCAGCCCCCUGCUCACAAGUGUCUCCAUAGCAACGGGACGCACACGGUCCUGAUAGCGCCGUACAGCCACAAGAUCAAGAGGGGGACGUCGCCCAUGGAAGCGCUCGCUCAGCAGAAGAUCUACUUCACGCCGGACGAUGACGUCGCGUCGAUGCUGGAGAGUCACGGGCCGACGUGGGGCACGGAGGAGAACGACGUGGGCGACUGCAGCAGCCGUUGUCGUCGCGGCACGGGUCGCGCGCCUCAUUCGCUGGACCACACCAAGAUCGCCAACGCCAACGAGUCUGACGUCAUCGGUCUGGUCCACUCCCCGUACAGCACGGUCGUGUACAAGGAGGACGCCGUGCAGGAAGCGUUCUUCAUCCUGCUCCUGCUGGUCGUCGUGGGCGAGUUCUUCAGCUCUCCGGCCAUCACCUUCGCCGACACCGUCACGCUGACCAUACUCGGAGACGACACGGAGAACUACGGACGUCAGCGAAUGUUCGGCUCGCUCGGCUGGGGCCUGGCCAUGUUCUUCGUCGGCAUGGCCCUCGACCACUCGACGACGUUUCCCGAACACCCGUGCGGCGUCCAGCACAUCGCCGAGAAGAACUACACCGUCUGCUUCGCCGUCUUCACGGUCCUGAUGAGCUGCGCCUUCAUCACGGCGCUCCAACUCAGAUUCCCCUUCCAGAACAAAGGUCCGCUUCAGCUGACUCAGAUCACCCUGAGGUUCAAAGACGUCAUCAAGGAGAAGCUCACGGGCGUCAAGAAGAUCGACAGGACGAAGCUGGUGGAAGAGGAGGAUGACGACAACGCCUUCUUCAGCGCCGAGAUGGAGAAACAACGCCGACAAGAGCAAGAGACGCAGCUACAACAACAACAACAACAGCAGCAACAACAAUCCACCACUACCCCAGCUCCUCUCGACGACGUUGAAGGACAUCAGUACUCUUACCAAGGCCCCGAUGGACCUCGGUCUUUGAAGAUCAACCCUCAACAGAACAAGGACAUGGUGACGGAUGCUCUCAAAGCCCCCGGCAGCUACGACUACGACUACACGGGCGAGGCGUUCAUGUUCAAGUGGAUGACGGUGAUUAGGAUGCUGGCCACCUACAAGUACAUGUCAGUCCUCUUCAUCGCCUGGUUCAUGGGCUUCGGCAUUGGCGUCAUCUUUACCUUCCUCUUCUGGCAUCUGCAGGACCUCGGCGGAUCGCCGACGCUGUUCGGCGUCGCCUCGGUGAUCAACCACAUCUCCGAACUCCUGGCCUACUUCUUCUGCAGCAAGUUCAUCGCGGCUUGGGGUAAGUGUAGUUCGUGUUGUUGUUUUAGUAUUGACGUCAUUUCAUAUAAAGGCGAUGCCAACCUAUACAAAUUUGAAAAACGUUAA